GAAAUAAAUCCAUUACAAUGCUUUAUUUUAUAGUAUCUUAGAAUAUAACCCUUUUCAUCGUCUUCACUGAGAAAUAACAAAACUCGACCUAAAGACCACACCCCAUCGGAACCCUAGAAUUGCAAAAACAAUCACGUCUCUUGUCACCAUCUUUGUUGGCCUGCGAAGGUUUUGGAUGAUAAAGUUUCAUAAUUCAAUUACUUGUCCAGAUUUAGUAAUUUACCAAUGGGAGCGAGUAGAAAGCUUCAAGGUGAGAUCGAUCGAGUUUUAAAGAAAGUUCAAGAAGGUGUUGACGUUUUCGACAGCAUAUGGAACAAGGUUUACGAUACUGACAAUGCCAAUCAGAAGGAGAAGUUUGAGGCCGACUUGAAGAAGGAGAUUAAGAAACUUCAGAGGUACAGAGACCAGAUUAAGACAUGGAUACAGUCCAGCGAGAUCAAGGAUAAGAAGGUUAGUGCCUCUUAUGAGCAGGCUCUGAUGGAUGCUCGCAAGCUUAUUGAACGAGAAAUGGAACGAUUUAAGAUUUGUGAAAAGGAAACAAAGACAAAAGCUUUCUCUAAGGAAGGCCUGGGACAACAACCUAAAACGGAUCCAAAGGAGAAAGCCAAGUCAGAGACUAGAGAUUGGUUGAACAAUACGGUGUCAGAGCUCGAAUCUCAAAUCGAUAGCUUUGAAGCUGAGAUGGAGGGGCUGUCUGUUAAGAAAGGAAAGACGAGACCACCGCGACUGACACAUUUAGAGUCAUCAAUUGCCCGGCACAAGGCUCAUAUAAUGAAGCUAGAGUUGAUAUUGAGGCUGCUGGAUAAUGAUGAGUUGAGUCCUGAGCAAGUCAAUGACGUUAAGGACUUCAUUGAUGAUUACGUGGAACGAAAUCAGGAGGAUUUUGACGAAUUUGAGGAUGUUGAUAUGUUAUACAACACCUUAUCGCUGGACAAGGUAGAGGCGCUAGAAGAUUUAGUUACCAUUGGGCCACCUGGCCUUGUUAAGGGUGUUGGGGCCACUGGUGCUGUUCUAAGUAUGAAAAAUGCUUUGUCUUCACCUCCAGUUCAGUCGCCGCAGGGAGCUUCUGUCCUAGAUCAAGUUGAGGAGACGGUGUCCCAGGACAACAGUUCAGAGCAGGGAGCAAGGACCCCACCUCCAAAAAGCAGUGCAAUCUCGUCUUCUCCUCCAACGCCAACUGGCAACCAUGCACUCCCUGUUGCUGUUAGUGCUACAACUCCUAAUCUUGCUGCUUCCUCGAUCCUUCCAGGUCCAACUUCUGUUCGGGGUGUCUUGGAGAAUACAGGCUCCACCAUACCUUCGUCACCCAUAAACAAUGCUGCUAAGGAAGAAGAGGUUGGAGGCUUUCCUGUUCGUAAAUCAUCUCCGGCCCUGAACGAAGCUGGAAUAAGGAAUCUGGGUAGAGGCAGUCUGAUCAACCAAUCUUCAGUUACUAUCCCUAUUAGCUCCGUCGGUAGUAUUUCUACCAAUGGUUCCCAUGGUGUUGCUCCCUCAGUUUCAGAAAUGGCUAAGAGGACUAUGUUGGGGACUGAUGAGAGACUUGGCAGUAGUGGCAUGGUGCAUCCUCCGGUUUCAUCUUUGAGUAACAGAAUGAUCUUGCCACAAGGUGUUAAAACUAGUGAUGCUUUUAGUUCAGGUGAUAAUGGAAAUGCUAGCGAGGCAGGAGGUAUGACUGCAAGAGUGUUUUCACCUUCUGGAGUUCCUGGCAUACAGUGGAGGCCUGGAAGUUCCUUCCAGAAUCAGCAUGAAGGGGGACAGUUCCGUGGGAGAACUGAAAUUGCACCAGACCAAAGGGAGAAAUUUUUGCAGCGAUUCCAGCAAGUCCAGCAACAAGGUCAGAGUACCCUUCUUGGCAUGCCUCCCAUUUCUGGAGGAAAUCAUAAGCAAUUCUCGGCACAGCAGAACCCUCUUCUGCAGCAGUUCAAUCCUCAAAGUCCAACUGUGUUGUCGCAAGGUGGGUUGGGUGGACCACAGCCAACAGGUCCUAACCCUGUCACAUCUGCACAACAACCAACUUCGAUACAUCUGCAGUCUGGUCAACAGGCACUUAUGUCGACUGGUUCUAAAGAUUCCGAAAUUGGCAAUGCAAAAAUUGAUGAGAUGGAGCAACAGCAAAGCCUAUCUGAUGAUUCAGCUGCUGAUCCUGCCCAAAGUCCUGGGCAUAGCAAGAGCUCUGUAAAUGAGGAAGAUCAAAAAGUGUCAUAUGCAUUAGAUAUGCAGGCUGGAGCAUCUGGCUCCUUGACAGAACAUGCACAAACUACACGAGAUGUAGAUCUCUCUCCUGGACAGCCUUUGCAAUCCAAUCAGUCGGCUAGCCUUGGGGUUAUCGGUAGAAGAAGCCUUUCUGACCUUGGUGCAAUUGGGGACAACCUUAGUGGGUUAGCCGUUAGCUUGGGGGGGACUCAUGAUCAACAAUACAAUCUGCAGAUGCUUGAGGCUGCCUUUUACAAACUCCCCCAACCCAAGGACUCCGAGCGUGCAAAGAGUUACACUGCAAGACACCCUGCUGUGACCCCUUCAAGCUAUCCUCAAGUGCAGGCGCCAAUCGUCAAUAACCCUGCCUUUUGGGAGCGUCUUGGAUCUGAUAACAUUGGCACCGAUACUUUAUUUUUUGCAUUUUACUAUCAGCAGAACACUUAUCAACAGUAUUUGGCUGCCAAAGAAUUGAAGAAGCAAUCAUGGAGAUACCAUAAAAAGUACAACACGUGGUUCCAACGUCACGAGGAACCAAAAUUCGCCACCGAUGAUUAUGAACAGGGAACAUACGUCUACUUUGAUUUUCAUAUUGGCAACGAUGAGAUGCAAAACGGCUGGUGCCAAAGAAUCAAGACUGACUUCAAAUUUGAGUACAACUUUCUUGAAGACGAACUAAUUGUGUAAAUAUACACGAAUUUGAAAUCCAUCGAUUGCCAUUAGCUUCUGGGUUUUUUUUCCUCUCAUGUUUGAUGAUAUUGAUAUACUGCUACUAUUUCCAUACGUGAACUUUAAUUUAAUACCAUUUUCGUGUACUUGCAUCA